UUGCUGUCAAUCACAGAGAAAGUACAUAGUGAUUGGUGGAACGGGUAGGUAAAAGGGCGGGCAAAAGAAGGGAGAAAAAAGGAAAAGAAAAAACGGAACACGUGGUACAGAAGUGGCUACGGCGUUAAGAGGAGGGUGGAGUCAGCAGUUUUAUGAUAGGAUAUCAGUGCCUUCAGACUACACAGUCUUUGUUACUGUUACAGAUUUCAAGCAUUGGACACUAGUCUUUUCUUCUCUGAGUUUCCAAAGUCACCCUUGAGUCAGAAAAUGCCGAUCCUCACCAACCUGUUUAGUCAUAUUGAUAAAAAUCAGGAACAAUACAUAAAGAAGCUGGCAGAAUGGGUGGCAAUCCAGAGUGUUUCUGCAUGGCCAGAGAAAAGAGAUGAAAUCAAACGAAUGAUGGAAGUUGCAGCUGAAAAUAUAAAACAACUGGGUGGGACAACUGAGCUAAUAGAUAUUGGGAUGCAAAAGCUCCCCGAUGGCUCAGAAAUACCUCUUCCUCCCAUUCUACUUGGCAAAUUGGGCUCAGAUCCCCAAAAGAAAACUGUGUGUGUCUAUGGACAUCUGGAUGUACAACCAGCAGCCCUGGAGGAUGGCUGGGAUAGUGAACCCUUCACACUGGUAGAAAGAGAUGGAAAGCUAUAUGGAAGAGGUGCAACUGAUGACAAGGGACCAGUACUUGGCUGGCUAAAUGCCCUUGAAGCUUUUCAGCAAAUAAAUCAGGAUAUCCCUGUCAAUGUCAAAUUUUGUCUAGAAGGCAUGGAGGAAUCUGGUUCUGAAGGCCUGGAUGAUUUGAUUUUCUCUAAGAAAGAUACUUUCUUCAAAGAUGUGGACUAUGUUUGUAUCUCUGACAACUACUGGUUGGGGAAAAAGAAGCCCUGUGUUACAUAUGGCCUCAGAGGAAUUUGCUACUUUUUUAUGGAGGUGGAAUGCUCUGAAAAAGACCUUCAUUCUGGUGUGUAUGGUGGUUCGGUGUAUGAAGCCAUGUCAGAUCUCAUUACUCUGAUGGGCUGCUUGGUGGACAGAAAGGGACACAUUCUUAUUCCUGGUAUUAAUGAAGCAGUGGCUCCUCUUAGUGAUGAGGAACUCUCAUUAUAUCAGAAGAUUGACUUUGAUUUGGAAGAAUAUGCAAAAGAUGUAGGAGCAAAGAAACUUCUGCAUGACUCAAAGGAGGAUAUCUUAAUGCACAGAUGGAGAUACCCAUCCCUCUCUCUCCAUGGAAUUGAAGGAGCAUUCUCUGGAGCAGGAGCUAAAACUGUGAUUCCUAGGAAAGUGACUGGCAAAUUCUCAAUAAGAUUGGUACCAAAUAUGGUACCAGAGACGGUUGAAAAACAGGUUGUAAGUUACUUGAAUGCAAAGUUUGCUGAGCUGAAGAGUCCCAACAAGUUCAAGGCAUAUAUGGGCCAUGGUGGAAAACCCUGGGUGUCCGACUUCAAUCAUCCUCAUUACAUGGCUGGGAGAAAAGCCCUGAAAAGAGUUUUUGGUGUUGAGCCAGACUUGACCAGGGAAGGGGGCAGUAUUCCUGUGACCUUGACUUUCCAGGAGGCAACAGGUAAAAACGUAAUGCUGCUUCCUGUCGGAUCCGCAGAUGAUGGUGCUCAUUCACAGAACGAAAAACUCAACAGGCAUAACUACAUAGAAGGCACUAAAAUGCUGGGUGCAUACCUAUAUGAAGUAUCUCAACUCAACUGAGCCAAAUACUUAAUUCACCCUUUCUUGGAGCGUGUCAUCUGUUUGGAAAGCUAGUUGAUCUGGUCCCUGGGCCAUUUUUCAUUAGUAGUAGUCUCUUUAGUAGAGGUCUUGUUUUUUUCUUGUUUCUUCCAUAAAAACAAAUACCUUCAAAAACUUUGAACAUCUGCCUUCACUAUACAUACUCCUCUAUUUUAUAAAACUAGAACCACUUGGAGACACAAGGAUGUCUUAAAUAUUUGUUUACCUAAGCUCUAACAAGGGGCUCUGAAUUUACAUAUCCAUGUUCAAGCUGGGCCAUUUCCCAAGUUGCUACAGAAUAGCUUUUUAUUCCAAAUGAAUAUUUAAAGGUUAGUGAAAAAUAAGAUUGUUUUCCCAUCUAAGUUCACAGACCCUCUGAAAUCUAUUCCUGAACCCCAGGUUAAGAAUCCCCAAUAACUAAGACUUCUAAAAGAAAUGUCAUUUAAUUGGUGAACUCUCUUCAAUAACAGGACUUGAUGUUUCAAACAGCAGAUUGUUUUAGGUUUGUGAAUAUUUAUUACUUAUCUUUGUCUUCCUUUUUUUAGCUGACUCAUCUAAUGUAUGUAUUUUAUAAGGGAAAUAUCGAAUAAUUUUAGAAGCAAUUAAGGUAGUUACCUUGGCUUUUGUUAACAUCUCAUUGUCUUGCUGCAAUACAGCUGUCAUUAUUUUUCUUCAAGAUUUUGGCAAUUGGACCUUCCUAUCUUUAGACAAUAGACAGACUAUAUAGAACUUAACCAGAGUAACUCCUUUGUUUUUUCAUGUCUGUGCUGCUAAAUAAAAAUUUUAAAUGAAACCUC